UUUAUUUGUUAAUUAAAGCUAUUCUCUUAUAAAAUAACUUUAUUUUCACUCCUGAUCUCCUUUUUCAGUAUGAAUUCAGUUAUUGAACGAUACAACAAGCUCAAAGAGGAGCAAGGUCAACUGAUGAGUCCUGCUUCAGGAAUCAAGUUUUGGCAAAGGGAAGUUGCAAGCUUGAGGAAGGAAUUGCAAUACUUGCAAGAAUGCCACAGGCACUUGAUGGGAGAAGAACUUUCUGGUCUGAGUUUCAAAGAUGUAGAAAAUUUAGAAAACCAACUGGAGAUGAGCCUGAAAGGUGUUCGGAUGAAAAAGGACCAAAUUUUAACAGAUGAAAUCAAGGAACUGAUCAGAAAGGGAAACCUCACUUAUGAAGAAAACCUAAAACUGCAGAAGAAAGUUGACCUCCUCUGCCAAGAAAAUGCAGAAUUACGUAAGAAGGCUAAUGGAGAAAGGGAUACAAGUAACGCAAACAGAAGUUCCCACCCACCGUACACUUUAAGCAAUGGAUAUGACUUGCAUGCCCCAAUCCAACUCCAGCUGAGCCAGCCACAUCUUCGUACCAAUGAACCACCACCGAAGUCAAUGAAACUUGGACUAAAACUGCAAUAACAAAGCGGUUAACAAACAGAUACUAAUCAUCACCCCAAUAACUUGCAUCACAGUGGAAAAAGCCAAACUUCUACAUCAUGAGAUUGUGUAUGUCAGCUAUUAAGAAGUAUCUUCCUGCAGCAGGACAACACAAUAUGAAAAAUAGACUUAAGAUAUUAUUGUAAAAUUAUUGGCCAGACAUCAAUUUAAAUUAUGCAAUGAUGAAGAGACUGAUGUCUUAAAAUUUAAUUUUGAUAAAUAAAGUGAAAUGCUGGUUGCAUUGUGGUACCUAUAUUUAUUUUUUGAAAAUUUUUCAGUAUGUCAGUGACGUUUCUUUUAAUUAUCUUUGUCUUCCCAGUAGAUUACGUUCUUUCAUUUUAUUGAUAAGAAGUUCAUUAUAGAUGUUAAAUUUGAAUCAAGCCUAACUCACCCCACAAGUCAUGUCAAGGAA